GUUAGCAUUGAAACAAGCAAUUAACAGAUGAUGGCGUUUUAUGUAAUCCUUGUGUUCCUUCUUCAUGUUGCAAACGGAGAUACUCAGAACGGAAGUUGUAAAGACAUGUUACAGGGUUAUCUAACAGGACAACUGUCGUCUGCUCUAGGUGUAUAUCAGGUAGAAGCUUUGAGGCGGGAAUUCAAAAGCUUCACCGACGUCAUGGAGGAAUCGAUGAAAAAGUUCCAGCAGGCAGUGAAUGCUAGCUUACAGGAUGAAGGUGUGAGAAACAGAAUGGUCGAGUACACAAGAUGGGGAAAGAGGACAUGUCCCUCUAACGCAGUCUUAGUUUACUCAGGAUUCGUUGGAGGAUCAUAUUAUACUCAUUCAGGAGCGGCUGUAGAUCCUCUUUGUUUACCUAGAGAUCCAGAGUGGGGAAUGUACGUGGAUGGGAACAAUGGAAAUAGGGCUUAUGUGUAUGGAGCAGAGUAUGAAACACAUGACUUCAACAAAGGCCCUUUUACAUCACUUAUUCACCAUGACGUUCCUUGUGCUGUUUGUCUUGUUAAAAAUAGAUCCGUUGUUAAAAUAUUUCCAGCUAGGAAAACCUGCUUUGAAGGCUGGACACUGGAGUACCAGGGUUACCUUAUGACUGGGUACCAUGGACAUGCAGCUGGUACAACAUACAAGUGUGUUGACGAGAAUCCAGACACUUUACAUGGCGGCCAUGCGGAUAAAAAUGGCUACCUAUUCUUUUUUGUAGAAGGCCGUUGUGGUUCGUUGAAAUGUCCACCAUAUGUUGAAGGAAGAGAACUAGUGUGUGCUGUCUGUUCUAAAAAGUGAAAA